GGACAUAUUUGUAUAUAUUUGAUUGUACUAAAUGUGUCAUGACAUUGCCAAAGAAAGAAAGAAAGAAAGCGCACGGUGUUACUGAUUGUGGACUCUAAGGGACGCUGUUGGUCAAUAUAACAUUUUUUUCUUUAACAUUAUGACACAAUCUCCUCCCUUACCGCCGUUGCUCGUCAAGAAAAGCCUAUAGUAUUCAUUAUAUUGGCUCACAAUCGAAGAAAACGCACAUCUCCUUCUUUAUAUCUAAAAGAUAGAAUACAGUAUUAUAUCAUUGGUGAUAUAUUAACUUUAGAACCCAGAAUAAGUGAAGCGAUUUGCAAUUGCCUUUAACUAUGGAUUGUGGAUUAAAAGGAUACACCCGGUGCAUAAAAUGGCGCUUUGGCUGUGGACGCAAUUGGCAUUUCUUCUUGCUCAUUUUUUGUCUGAUUCAUAUGGUCACUGGACAUAUUCGAUACUCUAUCCCAGAGGAGAUGAAGAAAGGCUCACUCAUCGGUAAUGUAGCACAGGACCUCGGCUUGAAUCUCAAAAGGCUCCGUUCGGGUCGGGCCCGUAUCGUGACUGGCGACAGCAUUCAGUACACCGAGCUGCAGACAGACAAAGGGAUUUUAGUCGUCAAAGAGAGAAUAGACCGAGAGCAGCUGUGUGGAGACACAACCCCGUGCAGUUUCAGCUUUGAGGUGAUUUUAGAAAAUCCUAUGGAGCUACAUCAAAUCACAGUUGAAAUAACGGAUAUAAACGACCAUUCGCCAACCUUCAAACGAAACGGUAUCAAUUUUGAAAUCAGCGAAAUAGCCAGUGUUGGUGCUCGAUUUUCUUUAACCAGUGCAGAAGAUCCAGACGUGGGUGUUAACGGACUUAGAGAAUAUUUUCUGACCGACAAUGACAAUUUUGUUCUUAAACAAAACUCGAAUGCAGACGGGAAGAAAUACGCAGAGAUGGUGCUUCAGAAGCCGCUGGACAGGGAGACAAAUCCUAGUCUGUCUCUAAAGCUAAUAGCUGUAGAUGGUGGGACUCCGCAG